GAAAGCAACGAAUUACAACCUCUUUUGCAAGCUCUACAAGAAAGCAUAAUUAAUAUCUCAACAACAAUCUUACAAAAUCCUCAAGUUGCUCGUACUAAAGGAAGACCUCCUAGCGCAUCUAAUUAUAGAACAGAUAUUAAACCAGAAGAGAUCCUUCUGG